UUUAUCCUCCGUUACUGAGAAGUGCCACGGUUCGAAAAUUCCUGGUCGGAUUUGAGAUGCUCGGUGAACCUCAGCGAGAUUUGACGCCGGAACAAGCAGCGGAUAGGUUAAGAGGAUUAUCGGACGUUCAUUACAAACAACGCUUGUAGAAAAAAUGAACCCAAAAAUGGGAAAUCAUGGAUUUGUUUGUUCCUGCAUUCAUUGGCAUGAUUUGUUUUUUACGUGAAUCGUUACUCUUGACACUAUUGUCUUGCUUCUUGUCUCACAUUUUGAAAGCGAAUGUAUCGCCGUUGAAUCAUGAUCAUAUUCUUGUACUCUGGGCAUUAUUUGUCUACUUUUGCUCUCUUUUUUGUUGUUGUUGUUGUUGUUGUUGCUCUGCCUCUUUUCAUUUUCUGCAACCAUGUCUUUUGACAAUCCUACAGAGCCUUCCUUUCCGGCUCCGCCUUCAACAACCUCGUUCAGUUCCCUCUUUCACAAUCUCAUCGAUGAAGGAUUUACUUUGGACUCUUCUUCAUCUUCUAGUUCAAAAUCAUCACUGACCAACUUGCCCAAGGCUUCUUCAUCCACUACACUGCCCAACACCAGUACCACGCGGCCGACUCCUCAUGCUCACCAUACCCUGCGUCAAUCCUCUUCCACACCAAGGCUUCCCAAUGCACUAGCGUCUUGUUCCUCCUCCACGGCAAAUGACACCACUUCCACAUUUUCCUUGAAUCAUGCCACAGAGACACAGCCUCACAUGCAUACGUCCAUACCGCUCGGUAUUGGUGAACUUCGCUAUCACACACAUCAGCAGGAUCUGAGCCGGCUCACCAAACAAUCGGCAUCGUUUGCCAAUAUUCGAGACGCCGCACUGAACCACAGUCUUUCUCAACUGUUUGAUCCGUCGGUGGCCUCCUUCUCUUUGCGAAGCGGCGGAUCGGAAGCCACCUUGUCGCGGUGGGAAGCGUGGUUUGAGCCGGAUUACAGUUUUGGUUCGUUUGAGAAAGGUCACACGGGCUAUCGAGGCCAUCAUCGAAAGCAACGACGGAAGAGACAACACAUGCUCGCUGCAUAUUCUUCGUCUUCCUCGAUCGUUCACGGGAUACCGGGCCAAUCGCAAGAUGCAACGAGUUCCUUCUCAUCACUGCCACCGCCGCCCACCCUGCCCGAGUUGAACGAAGAAAUCUUUUACAAUACGGCUCUUUCCGUCGAUCGAUAUCGUGAAUUGGCGGAAUUGAUGCAAAACCAGAAAGAUGCGUCGGCGGGGGAUCGAGCGGUGGAUCCCAUGGAUUCAGAAUCUACCUUGGCCACAUCGUCCUGGCGCAGUCGCGUGAAAGCGAAACUCGACCGUUUACGCCGCGAAGCCAAUCGUGACGCCUCCAUUUGCAGCAGUGAAACAUCCAACAGCAUCUAUGUGGGAUCCACGUCUCACCUGGAAAAGCAAGUCGACGGGACCCAUCCUCAUUCAAAGAAACCGUGGGUCGCUCGAUCUUCGUUUCUUUUAUUCGUGCUGGGAUUCAUGUUUCCCCCUUGCUGGAUCCUUGGCGCAUUGUAUAUCGGUCCUUCACAACGGUCACUCUCUCCUUCGGGACGUCAAGCCGAUCUCAUGUGGCGGCGUCGUUCUCGCAUUGUUCUUGCCAUCUUUUUGCUUCUAACCUCCCUUGUCCUGAUUCUACUCAUGGCAUUUAAACCAGAAGCCAUCGGAUGGCGACAGAUCGAUCGUGACCGUCAAGCACACAUUAUUUCCUUUGACGACAUGGCAUCAGAUGCUAUACCAAACCAUCCAACUGCACCAAGCCCGCCAACUGAUGAAACAUCGCCUCACAAAUAAAAUAAAUCUUGACGAAAACAACGAAAAAAAAAUCAUUGAUGUACGGCUUGUUAGUGUAUUCAUACGAUAGACGAAAUCUCAAAAAGAAAGAAAAAGCAUUUG